AUGGUGAGAGUUUACUGUAUCUCAGAGGCGGAGCUCAGCAUCGGCUGCAACCACAACAGAGCUAGCGAGCUGUUUGUAGAGUCUGUCAACUCCCCCUGUCCCUUCACGGCCUUCGCCUGCUCCAGCAUCACCGACUUCAAUAGCGGCAACUGCUUCCACUGCGGCAACACCCCCUGCCCCGUCAUGGGCUACCCAUCCAUCCAGUCCCCAGCGAGAGGGUCGUUCUAUUUGGACACCAGGCCUACACGUCCAUAUUGUGGUUACCCCUACUUUGUGAAGGUGAGGCUAGCGGACACAAUGUCCGUCAUCCAUGGAAGCAUGGAGGUGCGGCUGUAUGGCUCACAGGGACAGACACACCCAAUGGAAAUACACAGUGGUGCGUUCACCCCUGGCGAAGUAGUGCAGAGAAUGUUUGUGACGCCAUCAGACUUAGGCGACAUCGAGGACGUGUACGUCACCUUCCAGAGGGUCUACACCUACUUCGACUACCUCGGCUUCUGGCGCUCCAGCAACGGCGUGCAUUUGCAACGACUGACAACCAUCGCUGUACACACGCAACAUAGGAGAGUAUUUUGUCCAAGAGAAAUCGCAAUAAGAAGUGGGGGCAGCAUAUGGCUAUCACAUGGGGCCCGGAGUACGUGCUGAUAUCGGGGGUCGAAGUGUACCUCAAAACGCUUCGACUGACGUGUAACCACUGACGUAGAUGAUAUAUAUUAUUCAGUAUUCAUCGGGAAGAACCGGUAGAAAAGGAAUUAUUGAAGACCUUUUCGUACAAGCGGAACCUUCCUUAUAUGCGUCACCGUCUAGCUUCCAGGUAGUGUUUGUCAAGACGCAGAGACAAUGCUGAAGUUUGCGGUCUUGUGGUUCUGUGGACAGAUAUGUGUAUCUGUAGCAAGUACUUCUGUAUUCUAUACUCAUAGUAGAAUAGGUUGUUACUACCGUGUAGGGACGGUCGUGUUUAUAAACUGUACAAUGUGCUUAAAACUGGAGUGUUGUCUAAUGCACUGUCAUAGGCACCGGCUGUAAACAAGGUAAAGAUUUGCACUGGGAAAGCGGAGCCUGGUUUCGUUAGAUAAGUACUGUCGGAAAUGCUAGAAAAAUGCUUUUUUGACUUAUAUUUAAAAUUCAGAGGUAUU